AUGCAAGGCCUGAAUCGAUAUAUACCACCGGAUUAUGAUCCGAAGAAGAACUCUACGUUGAAUUCGCAUCAAGGGAAGAAACAUGCUUUGGGAGUCAGAGCUAAAGAUAUUGAUAAAGGUAUAUUAGUUGUUCGUUUCGAACUACCGUUUAAUAUAUGGUGUGGAACAUGUAACGCACAUAUAGGAGCUGGAGUAAGGUACAAUGCCCGAAAACAGAAAGUUGGAAAGUACUAUAGUACACCUAUCUAUGGAUUUAAAUGUAAAUGUCAUUUAUGUGAUGGUUGGUUUGAGAUUCGAACGGAUCCUAAAAACGCAGCGUAUGAAGUUUACGAAGGAGCGAGAAAGAAAGAUGAAGAUUGGAAUCCUGAGGAGAAUGGUGGAUUUGCGGUUCACGAUACCGAAGCACCGUCAGCUUCAGAACCACCUUCUGAUCCUUUCGCAGGAGUUGAAAAGACGAUUGAUCAACAAAAGUGGGCUUCAAAGGGAACGUCAAGAUUAACUGAAUUGACUCGUUCAUCAGAUCGUAUCAAUGGUGAUCCAUAUGUGAUUUCAUCUGCUCUUCGGAGGAAGUUUAGAGAAGAGAAAAAGGUAGCUUUGGACAAACAGAUCAAAGAUGAGAAUAUCAAAGAGAGGUUCGGAUUACAUGAUUCCAUCGAUCUGGAUGCGGAUAAAGUAGAUGCCAAUGGAGAUAAAUCGAGAGAAGCUUGGUUGGCCAUGAGGGAAAAUAGAAAUUUGUCAACUAUUAAUCAAUCGAUAUCCAGUGGAAGUGCAAGCAGAAGUGCAAGUAUAGGCAAUAACACACCUAUGUCAAGAGGCAACGGCAUUGGAAAGGGGAAAGGAAAGGCAAUCGAACAAAUGAAUAGUCCAAGUUUAGUCCAUGUGUUGAUGAAAAAUACAGGAAAGAAAUAUGAUCCUUUCGAUUCAGAUAUCUCAUUCACAUCUUCAAGUGGUGGAGUAGGAACUCCUAUCAAACUCAAUACGGGUAUGGGACUAUUGGAUGGACUGAGAGUGAAAGGGAAGAUUAAAGGAAAUAUCAUAGGCAACCUUACACCGAAACAGAAGGAAAAAGAAGGUCCGUCGCUGAAAUUGGGAUUGGGAGGUGGUUUGUUAGCUGGAUAUGGAAGUGAUUAA